GAAAUUUCUCUCUAUUUCCUCAACGUUCAAAAUCUCUCCCAGAUUUUUCGUUCGAUUCCUGAAGACUUCUGUUCUCUUUAUCGCCGUUCCUCAACUCAACCGCAGAAGUCAAGGCCGGUCGUCGUAAAUGAGCGCAAGGAACCGCAGAAGGUCAAAGGGCCUGAUUGGUUUAAAUAAUUGGCUGAAGCUAUGAAUGUUAGGGGAAAUAAAUUUGUGAGGUUUGAAUCAGAUAAAUCUUUAACUGAGCGUUAUGCUGAUGCAAUUUUUCCGAGAAAAGUUAGAACCUCUCUGGCUUCUGUUAUGGAAAGUGUCCGGAGAGGGGUUGAGGUGGGUUCUCAAAGGGUCAAAAGCUUCAGAAAACCUAUGAACGUAACGUCUUCCCGUAACAAGUCAGAAAAAGAUUCAGGUUCUUGGAAGAAAAUUCUUGAUCCACAGGAAUCUUUCCUUGAAAUCUGGAAUAAAAUAUUUCUCUUAGCCUGUAUAAUUGCUUUGGCACUGGACCCUCUUUUCUUCUACACCCCAGUGGUUGUGAAUGACGGAACCCAAAAGUGCCUCAAUCUGAAUAAAAGACUGGCAAACAUUGCCUGUGUCCUUCGUACACUCAUCGAUGCCUUUUAUAUAAUUCACAUGAUCUUUCAAUUCCGAACUGGGUUCAUUGCUGCUUCUUCUGGAGUCUUUGGUAGGGGUGACUUGAUUGUUGAUCCUUGGGAUAUUGCAAAGAGGUACUUUUUCACAUACUUCAUCAUCGACGUCCUGUCAAUUCUUCCACUUCCACAGCUUGUAAUUUUGCUUGGCCCUUCAUUGAAAGACCAGCCGGUUGCAUUUCUAACGAAGGAGUCAUUGAGAUACAUUAUUUUCUGUCAAUAUGUACCGAGGAUUGUUCGAAUUGUUCCCCUUUAUAUAGAAGUUACACGAACUUCAGGCAUUAUCACUGAGACUGCUUGGGGUGGAGCUGCUCUGAAUCUAUUCCUCUACACGCUAGCCAGCCAUGUUCUUGGGGCCAUCUGGUACAUGAUUUCAGUAGAAAGACAAGAGCGCACUUUUGUUGGGGAGAUUAUCUUUGCUGUUGUCAUUUGCAUUGCUGGGCUGGUUUUGUUUGCAUUACUUAUUGGCAACAUGCAGAAAUAUCUGCAGUCAACAGGAGUAAGGGUUGAAGAAAUGAGAGUCAAAAGAACAGAUGCAGAGCAAUGGAUGAAACAUAGAAUGCUACCGCAGAACCUAAGGGAAAGAAUCCGGCGGUAUCAACAGUAUAAAUGGCAACAAACCAGAGGAGUUGAAGAAGAGAGUCUAAUUAGUUGCCUUCCAAGAGAUCUCAGGCGAGACAUAAAGCAUCAUCUUUGCUUGGAUUUGCUCAUGAGAGUACCAAUGUUUGAGAAAAUGGAUGAGCAGCUGUUAGAUGCAAUGUGUGAUCGUCUCAAACCGGUACUUUACACUGAAAAAAGCUACAUUGAAAGGGAGGGGGAUCCGGUGGAGGAGAUGCUGUUUAUAAUACGAGGAAAUUUGGUCAGCACCACCACCAACGGCGGAAUAACUGGCUUCUUCAAUGCUGUUAAUCUCAAAGCCGGUGACUUUUGUGGAGAAGCACUUCUUACUUGGGCCUUGGAUCCUCAGUCCUCCUCUCAUCUACCCAUCUCCACCAGAACCGUACAGGCUUUGUCCGAAGUGGAGGCCUUUGCUCUGUUAGCUGACGACCUCAAGUUCGUCGCCUCCCAAUACCGGCGUCUCCAUAGCAAACAGCUCCAGCACAUUUUCAGAUUCUACUCCGUGCAGUGGAAGACAUGGGCGGCCAGCUUCAUACAGGCAGGCUGGCGGCGGUACUGCAGGGGGAAGUUUCUUAAGUUGUUAAGGGAAGAGGAAGCUAGGCUGCAGAAUGCUCUUGCUGGUGACUCCGGCGUGAGCGUUGGCGCCUCGAUUUACGUGUCGAAAUUUGCAGCCAAUGCGUUACGAAACUUGCGACAGGAUGAGACUCCAAGCCCCAGAAUACCGGAGCGAAUGCCGCUGCUGCCUCAGAAGCCGGCGGAGCCUGAUUUCGGAGCCUGAUUUUACUGCUGAUCAAGACCACUAAAUGUUAAUUCUCUGUUUUUUCAAUUUUCUGUUUCAUAUGUGCUUGGAUAAAUUUGGAAGAAUCUGUAUAAUGUUCUGGUUAGUUUAAUGGCUUAAUGUAAACAUGUUUGUUCAUCUCAAAAAUUUCCAAAAGGAAAAGAAUAAAGGAAGUUAUUUUUU